CAUCCAUGAAGUCAAUUUCCGCUGCUUGCUUUUCCCACACCUGAUAAUCCAUAGUCAUCCCUCUGUCUUUCACUACUGAUGCCCAUGUCAGACUUUCAAAUGGGAAAUAGUGACACAGUUUCCAGGAUGAACCUGAUGCUAGCAUUUUGGAUCAGUGUAGUGGCCUGUUUUGAGGACAAGAACAUAAGUCAAUAUUUCUUUUUGCCCCUGAGGGCAUUUUCCAAGGAUAAUUUGGAGCAUCACAAAUAUGUGUUUCAACUGGUGCCACAGUACAAAGUGUUUGAUGAGCCUGAAAAGUCAUUCAAGCCUUUGUAUGAGGAAAAGAAUGUACUCAACAGGAACAGACCUUAUGUUAAGGUUUCUUUCAGAGGCAUAUGGGUGAUCCAUGUGGUGUCUGAAAAGGACUACAUGAAAGGAAUGCAAGACAUCAUCAACCCAAAUGGAGAUAUAAUUGAAGACACUUACUUUUUAGCAGGAACAGACAAAUGUCAAGGAAAAAUUUCAAAAGAAGUCUUCAGGAAAAAGGAAUUGCUCAUCAGAAGCUUUGGAAACAAGGAAAACUGGAUGUCCAGACCCUUGGCCAUAUUUUUCUCAAAGCCCAAGUUCCAAGGGAAGCAAAUAACAAUUGAGUUGUUUAAAAACCAUUCUUUUACAAAAGUGGAAGAAGAGCACUUUUAUCCAAAGUCUUCCAUUGUUGUCAACUCAAACUGGAACAUCAUGCAUGCUGAUGGCGACAGCUUCUGUCUUUUGGGGGAUGAGGACGUCCUCUACAUUUCAGACUGGGAAGCAGCAGGGUACUCAUCACCAACAGAUGGCGCUGAAGUGGAAUUCCCCAUGGUUUUUCCUGGUUGCAUAAGGAGGCCAUUCCAAGUUCCAGUUCAACCCCUGGAUUUCUGGCAUGGAAGACUUUUCUGCUACAUUGAUCCAGAAACUGAGUCCAGCUUCUUCAGCUCAAAGCUUCACACUCAUGUCAUUGAAUAAUUUUUUUUUUGAAAUUGCACUGUUUAUAAUUUGAUAAUUAUUUUGUGAGGCUGAAAAAAAGCUCGUCAUGAACUA